AGCGCCACUCCGCUGGCUACGGCUGCUCUGAGUGUGCGGUUCUAGGUGGGCUCGCGUUUUCAGGGCAGAGGAGUCUUGCUCAGGAAGCUGCAGGAGGACACAGCUCGGCUGAGGUGGUAUUAGAGCAGCAGGUCCUGAAGUGGCGGACCCAGCUCUGGCAACACCUACCUCCCUGGUGUGCUUUCAGGAAAACUCAUAAGGACCUUUGCAUCUGGAAAGCUGUGUAAAUGCAAUAAUCAGUGCUUCUGUUGGGCUGGGAGGCCAUUUAGGAUGCCGAAAAGGUGGUGAUGUCUCGGGAGACGGAUGUGGAGUGUCAUCAGCCCCAUGGCAGUGCCUCCCCGCAGUCCCAAGGUGGCUUUUCGCAGUCCCACGGUCCCUCCUCACAGCCACACGGCUCCUCUUCACAGUCCCAGGGCACGUCCAGCUCCUCUACCAGCACGGUGCCCACGUCCAGCCAGUCCUCUCACUCCAGCUCGGGUACGCUGAGCUCCUUAGACACAGUGUCCACGCAGGAACUCUAUUCUAUUCCCGAGGACCAGGAACCCGAGGAGCCUGUCCCUGCCCCUUGGGCUCGAUUAUGGGCCCUUCAGGAUGGAUUCUCUAAUCUUGAGUGUGUUAACGACAGCUACUGGUUUGGGAGGGAUAGAAACUGUGAAUACUGCUUUGAUGAGCCCCUGCUGAAAAGAACCGAUAAAUACCGGACUUACAGCAAGAAGCACUUUCGGAUCUUCAGAGAAAUGGGUCCUAAAAGCUCUUACAUCGCAUACAUAGAAGAUCACAGUGGGAAUGGAACCUUUGUAAAUAGAGAGCUUGUAGGGAAAGGAAGACGCCUUCCUUUGAAUAACAAUUCUGAAAUUGCACUUUCAGUAUGGAGUAAUAAAGUUUUCGUGUUUUUUGAUCUGACUGUAGAUGAUCAGUCAGUUUAUCCCAAGGAAUUAAGAGACGAAUACAUCAUGUCAAAAACUCUUGGAAGUGGCGCCUGUGGUGAGGUGAAGCUAGCUUUCGAGAGGAAGACGUGUAAGAAAGUGGCCAUAAAGAUCAUCAGCAAAAGGAAGUUUGCUAUUGGCUCCGAGAGAGAGGCAGAUCCAGCACUCAAUGUUGAAACAGAAAUAGAGAUUUUGAAAAAACUAAAUCAUGUCUUAGUUGCGGCACGCGGGAUCUUCGCUGAGCCUUGUAUCAUCAAGAUUAAAGACUUUUUUGAUGCAGAAGAUUAUUAUAUUGUUUUGGAAUUGAUGGAAGGAGGAGAGCUGUUUGAUAGGGUGGUGGGAAAUAAGCGCCUGAAAGAAGCUACAUGCAAACUCUAUUUUUACCAGAUGCUCCUGGCUGUGCAGUACCUUCACGAAAAUGGCAUUAUACAUCGGGACUUAAAGCCAGAGAAUGUUCUACUCUCAUCUCAAAAAGAGGACUGCCUUAUAAAGAUUACUGAUUUUGGGCAGUCCAAGAUUUUGGGGGAGACCUCUCUGAUGAGAACCUUAUGUGGUACCCCCACUUACCUGGCUCCUGAGGUUCUUAAUUCUUUUGGGACUGCUGGAUAUAACCGUGCUGUGGACUGCUGGAGUUUAGGAGUUAUUCUUUUCAUUUGCCUUAGUGGGUAUCCACCUUUCUCUGAGCAUAAGACUCACGUGUCAUUGAAGGAUCAGAUCACCAGUGGAAAAUACAACUUCAUUCCUGAAGUCUGGGCAGAGGUCUCAGAGAAGGCUCUGGACCUCGUCAAGAAGUUGCUGAUAGUGGAUCCAAAGGCACGUUUUACGACAGAAGAAGCUUUAAGACACCCGUGGCUUCAGGAUGAGGACAUGAAGAGAAAAUUUAAGAAUUUGCUUUUUGAAGAAGAAAAGUCGAUGACUCUGCCCCAGGUUCCCACCCAGCCUUCCACAAGUCGAAAGCGGCUUCUUGAAGGGGAAGCAGAGGAUGCCGACCCCACAAAGCGCCUGGCUGUGUGUGCUGCUGUCUCGUGAACACCGGUUGACCAUGAAAGAAUUGAACUUUCUUGAACCCUGCUGCCAUGUUCUUUAAAUCUGUUUUGCAUAGUUUGUAUUUUCAUUAUGGGAACAGUUGCUUUUCCACAAUCAUUGAUACACAAUUCAAAACGUAAUGGAACCUGGGCUGUGUGCUUUUGCUUGUUGAUCAGCUCUUAAUUACACGCCUUUAGUGUGUGCAUAUUUGAAGUUGUGUGCCUUUCCUCUGGUGCCUCUACCUUGGCUGUAACCAGGCAGGUUUCUUAGGAUGUAUCCCUGGGUGAGCUGCAUACAAAUUCUAAAGUUGCAGGGGACGCGGCACAGUGAGUCAGGGUGGGGUUUGUUGAGACUGGCCAGAGUCCUUACAAGACGGUCGGUACCUUGGUGCAUCUACUAUGGGCCAGUUUUGUUUUAUUUUUUUUUAACUUUAAUUUUUUUAAAUUUUAUUUUUCAUUCUUAUUUUUUUGGCCAUGCGGCUUUCGGGAUCUUAGUUCCUUGACCAGGGAUCGAACCCAUACCCCCUGCAGUGGAAGUGUGGAGUCCUAACCACUGGACUGCCAGGGAAUUCCCCCAUGGGCCAGUUUUAGAGUCCCAUUCUCCCCCUCAUCAUCCCUGAAACCACAGAGCCAGAUAAGUUGUGAAAUUUAAAAAUUUCCUGAUUUUAGGAAGAGGACCAGGCACAUCAACUGUGUUUAUAUGUAAUACCCAGCUGAAUCCUAUAACCAAACACUUUAAUAUUUCUGCAGCAAAUAUUCACAGUAAGAGGAAUAGAGAAAACUGUAAAUAGCUUCAUGUCACUUCAGGUCUAUCUUUUCUGCCACGAGAGUUAUGGAGGACUCUCCAGUUUCAGAGCUGUUUGGAUUUUGGAAAUGUAACUAAGGCAUGUGGGCAUGUCAUGUUGACCUAAUGAUGACCAAGGAGGCCCUGUGUAAAGCGCCUCCCCAGGUUGGUCUUGUCUAGUGAUUCUAUGGAGGGGGGGGCUAGGUCCUCUGAUCACCUUUAUGUUAUAGGUGAGGAACCCAGGCUGAAGGAGUAAGGUGACUUACCCAGUGUCACACAGCUAGGAAGUGGCGGAGCUGAGACCCAACCCAGGGCUUUCUGACUCAAAUUCAUGUUCCUCAUCUCCUCCCUCCCUUAUUCAGUCAGACUCAGGGAUGUUGACUCACACUGACAAAACUCACAUGAGACUGAUUUCCAAAUUUUGAAUGCCAGUAUGUUCAAUCAUGAUGAAUGGGUACAACGCCAUGAUCUGUGGAAGCUGGGACAUCUUGGUGACAAGGAACAGAGGCCCAUUCAAAUUACUUCAUGGAAAAGGGGAUCUGUUUCAGCCUUACAGAGGGCUGGGCCUGGGAGCCAUCAGGAGCCCAGGCAGUUCUAAUGGCUGGCUCUUCUUGUCUCUUUCUGACCCACUGAUUUUGCUUCUUUUGUAACUUUGGCUGACUGAUGCUAGGCCACAUUGUAGCUUGCUGACUAUGCCAUGAGUUGAGUGUCUUGGUUCAGAUGCCACUGGUGAGCCAGCCAGGGGAGGGUGAGGGGCACACAGCUGUUGCCCCAGGCAAUGAAGGGUGGUGGUUGGCAAUGGAAAUUAGAAGGGUGUGCAAGCAUUCUGAGGCUUGGCUGGCCUGUUGCUGAGGGCUAGAUGGGGAUUUAGGUGGUUUGCCUAUUUAAAGGAAUGAGGCUGAGAUUGCCAAGUUAGAUGGGUUUUAGCUCAUUUGAAUAUUUAAUGUGAAGGUUGUGGUUUCUUAGGGCAUCUUUCUCUCUUGGGGUAGUCAGCAAGCCCUUCUCUGUUUCCAGAGCACUUUGUAUUAGCUCUCUGAUUAUACCUACCAUGGUAGGAUGAAUAAUGGCCUCCAAAAAUGUUCUUAUCCUAAUCCCCAGAAUUUAUGAAUACUUGGCUUUACAUGGCAAAAGAGACUUUGCGGAUGUGAUUAAGUGAAGGAUCUCGAGAUGGGAAGACUAUCCUGUUUUAUCAAGGUGGGCCCAGUGUUAUCACAAUGUUCCUUUUAAGAGGGACACAGGAAGAGUCAGAGUCAGAAGAGAUGGAGUGGUGCUCUUUCAAAACAGAGGAAGAGGCCACUAGCCACUACAGGCAGCCACUAGAAGCUGACAGACAAAAAGCAAGGAAAUGGAUUCUUCCAUUGGAGCCUCCUGAAGGAACCAGUCCUUUUACUUUACACCUUGACUUUAGCCAGGUGAAACUGAUUUCAGACUUCUGACCUAGGAAAGUUAAGAGAAUAAAUGUGUUAUUUUAAGCCA